AUUAAGAAUUAUAAGUGAAAAAUAAAAUAAUCGUUUAAGCAAUUACGGUUUUAUAAAUUAAUCUAUAUGAACUUCUUUUUCAUCAGAUGCACGUGUUGGAUGGUUGUCUCAAAAUAAACCAAAAUACGAAAAUAAAAUAUGUCCAGUUACGAGACAAUAUUGGUUGCAUUUUGUGCGUGUUUCGCAACCUUCCAUUGGUCGUCGGUCGGUGCAGCGAACAUUUUGGCCAUCCAGCCACUUCCUGGCAAGAGUCACUGGAACGUGAUGAGGGCGGUAUUGAGGGCGUUUACUGACCGCGGUCAUAACGUGACCGUAUUUACGCCGUUCAUAGACGGCGACAGAGAUGGUUAUACAGAAGUGGAUAUAUCCGAGCAAAUUAAACCGGUGCUUGGCAUAGACGCGAAUUAUAUGAUAAAAAACUUCGGUUCCAUGCAUAAUGGAAUGCCACAUAUGCUUAAACAUACCCGACUGAAUUGCGAUAUGAUCUAUGGACAUCGACGGAUGGUAGACAUCUUGGAGAGGUCUGGGACUCGAGAAUUCGACUUGGUCGUCACCGAGCCAUUGGUAUCCGAGUGCGUGGCGUACGUGGCUACCGUGCUCUGCGUGCCCAUGAUAUAUGUUGUUCCGUUUCCGGUCGUCACGUACUUGGAACGUUCGUUGACCGGCCACAUCAUAAAUCCGGCGACUGUAGGGCAUAUCAUGUCCCGUCACGGCACUCCCAAAACAUUUGCGGAACGUUUAGGUAACGUGGUGGUGACGGUACAUUGUUCGAUACUUAUGUGGUAUACUGAGUGGCAGCAACGGUGGGCCCAUUUGCGACCAUACGACACCGUGGACCUGAUCAAACCGUCGGUGAUUUUCAUCAACUCGUAUUUCAUCACCGAAUCGGCACGGCCACUGACGCCGGAAGUCGUCCAGAUUGGCGGAAUUCAUCUAGCACCUCCCGAACCUUUACCGAAGGAGAUUUUAGAAUUCAUUGACGAUGCACCUCAUGGAGUGAUAUGCUUGUCAUUCGGCUCUGUGGUUCUAAUGUCGUCGUUACCGGAAACCGUUCAGCGCGCAUUUCGAAAUGCACUCGAUAAGGUUCCGCAAAAGGUGUUGUGGAAAUAUGAAGGAGAAAUGAAAGAUAAACCGAAGAAUGUGAUGACGUUGAAAUGGUUUCCGCAACGUCAUAUACUUUUGCAUCCUAAUGUAAAACUGUUUAUCAGUCAUGGAGGUAUAUCCGGAGUAUACGAAUCCGUGGAUGCUGGUGUGCCUAUACUCGGUUUCUCUUUUUUCAAUGAUCAACCGAGAAAUAUUGACAAUUUGGUUGACGCGGGGAUGGCGAUCAGUAUGGAUAUUUUAUCUGUUACGGAAGAUAAGCUGUUGAAUGCCAUUUUGGAGAUUGUUAACAACGAUAGAUACAAGAAGAACGCUAAAAUCGCUUCUCAACGGUUCAAAGACCGACCUAUGUCACCCGCUGAUUCAGCAGUUUAUUGGGCUGAGUACGUUUUACGUCAUAAUGGAGCGCCACAUUUAAAAUCUCAAGCUCUAAAUCUGACGUGGUAUCAAUAUUUCUUACUUGAUGUAAUUAGCACAUUUUUAUUCAUUACGUUUAUCAUUUUGUUUAUAAUCUUUUAUAUUCUAAAAUUUAUCUGUAACUACUUUUAUACAUUUUUCCAUGAUGUCAAACAUAAACGCGAAUAA